AUGCUAUAUUUAUUGAUUGUAUUAUAUUUGGCAAUUGUAAGUAUACAAAAACGAAUCAUACGAGUUGGACAUUUAUUACCACCUAAUCCAAUCAUUGCAAAUGAAGCGGAUGUCCUUCGAAUUUGUGCAAAUGAUCUUCACAUGCGCAAUAUUUUACCGCCUAAUUUAACAAUAGAAGUAAUUACGAUGGAAUCAUGCAAAGACUUUAGCGGUGUUGAAAAUGCAGCAUAUUUGCAUUAUAUGAAAAAUGUUACAGUAUAUUUUGGACCUGGUUGUAAUGAAGAAAUUAUAGUAAUUAGUCGAUUAGCUAAACGUUGGAAUAUUCCAAUAAUAGCACAUUUAUCUGGUGAUGAUGCACUUGCUGAUAAGACAAUAUUUUCAACACUUGGAUCUGUUGCACUUACAUCAGCAAUUGAAAUGGCUCGAGCAACAUUUACAUAUAUUAAGUUAAACAAAUGGCAAAUGAUUGGUAUUGUACGACCAACGAUUCAUUUCGAUAGUCUUUCGGUACAUUCUCUGGUACAAUUAGUGAAAAAUGAUACUGAUGUUAAGAUUAAUAUCGUAAUCGAAAUUGAUCCAUUGGCAUCUAUCGAAGAAAUCUUGCGAAGCAGAAAACUUGAAAAACUUCGAAAUUCUGCACGAAUAAUUGUGGUCGAAUUGGGUUUGGAUCUUAAUGCUUGUACCAAUUUUAUGUUAGCAGUUUUAGAAGCUAAUAUGAAAAAUGCCGAAUACGUAUAUAUUCUACCAUGGCUUUCUCAUACGGUUGAUUACUUUCCAUGGGAAAUAAUACAUAACAAAGAUAGUCAUUUGGUAAAACAGGCCUAUGAAAAUACAAUUGUAAUGACAGCCCAAGGUUAUGAUCGUAAAUUAGUUCAAAAUUUUGCGCACAAAUUUUCAAACGAAACAGGUCAUAUGGCUUCUUCACAUUAUGCAACACUUGUUUAUAUGUCAUUAUAUGAUGCAUUAUUCCUAUAUGGCCUUGCAUUACGUGAUGCAUAUGAUAUAACUGGUAAUGAUUACAUUAACAAUAAUGGAUCAUUAAUUUGGCAAAAAAUGACUAAUCGCCAAUUUUCAGGUAUGACUGGUCAGGUAUUAAUUGAUAAUGAAGCAGUUCGAAUACCAAGUUAUAUUACAUAUCAAGUAUGUAAUGGUAGUUUACGAACUGUUGUUGAACUGGAAGCAAAACUUGGUGAUCCGGCAACAUGUAGCCUACAAAAAGGAGAUUGUUCGCUGCAUGUACCACAUGAAAUUUUGACAAAUUAUUGGUUGACAGAAGACGGUAAAGUACCAUUGCAUAUGCCAUCGUGUGGAUAUGAUGGAAGUUUAUGCGAUUAUACGAAAUAUAUAUUAGCUGGUGCUUCAGCAAUCCUUUUACUUCUUACGAUUGCCAUUAGUUAUUUCAUAUACAUUAAUGGAAAAGAAAAACGACUUUAUGAUAUGACAUGGCGUAUUGCUCGUGAAUCAGUUCGUCUAUUAGAUUCCGUUACUGAUCGUACAAUUAAAUCAAUGGAAACUAAUGAAUCAUUAAUUAGCAAUGAAUCAAAUACAAAUGAAAAGAUUCCAAUGGAACGUGCAAUGUGUAACGGUGUUAAAUUAUCAGUUCGUCGAUAUCGUCAAGUACGAAAUAUUACAUUUCCAAAAAAUGAAUUACAAAUUUUAAAACAGUUGAAAAUGUUAGAAAAUGAAAAUUUGAACAAAUUUUAUGGAAUUUGCUUCAAUCAACAAAAUGAAUUGCUAAUCCUUUGGACAUUUGCUACACGUGGAAGUCUUGAAGAUAUUAUUUUUAACGAUGAAAUGAAACUUAAUCAAAAUUUUCUAUUUUCAUUUGCUAAAGAUGUUGUCAAGGGUGUAUUUUUUCUACAUUCAUCACCAGUACAGUAUCAUGGCUUAUUAUGCUUACAAAAUUGUCUUGUUGAUUCACAUUGGACAAUUAAAUUAACUGAUUUUUGUACGGAAGACUGA